CGAAUGUUAUCAUUCCAUUGAAUGGACGUUAUCACGUGAAAAUAGGUCCAUAUAAAUGGUUUAGUAUGUACCUACUGUGCCUACUAGAAGGUGCGAUAUGUUGUUGUUAGCCAUUUCUAUCGUUGUUAGAGCCAUUGCAAUUGUCCAUUAGGCACCUUAUGUGCCUACUGAAAGGUUUAGUAUGCUGUUGUUAUCCAUUCUAAUCGUUCAUCGCUCAGGCCAAUAAGGAACCAGCUACAACGUAGGUGUGCGAAGGACAGGCCAAUAAGGAGCCAACUACAAAGUGGGUGUGCGAAGGACCAGUGAAAUGCCAGCAUUCGCGGAUCCGCGGGCAUCAUUCUGUCCCAGCGUUUGACCAGUACACAUUGAGUCCGAAUUGUAAGAGCCAGCUUCUUCUUCCCAUUUCAAGAUAUGGGAAAAGCCUUGCGGUUCAGGAAAUCGAAGAUACACCUGUUCAAGAAGCGCCCUGGUGCUCGUGCACAGAAGGUCUACGUAGGUGAUAUUCUUUCGAGUGUGGGCACUUUCCAUCCAUCAAGAGAUCAGGAUGAGCCUCCCGAAAUAGCUGAGAGCAGUAACUUAUGUUCUGAGACUGCAUACACAAAGGCUAAAAGGAGAGAAAUAAGUGCCUGGGAUCUAGUCAAGGAUGAUAUUUUGAAGGUGUCAUUUGCAUGUUCAGCACCAAUCACAGGUCUCUGCAUUGUCUGUCAAGACCAUGGAGACUACAGAUGCUUGGACUGUGGUCCCACCACAGUUUUUUGCGAGGCUUGUUUAAAAAAGUCACACAGGAAUUUGCUGCACCUUCCCGACAAGUGGAAUAAGGCCUAUUAUGAACCCCUUUCAAGUGGUUUACAAUUAAUUUUACCUGAAGGGCAUGAAAACCAUAAUGUUUAUAAAAGGGAAAUGAGAGUUGUUGUCAAUUCAGGGAGACUUUGCAACAUCUGUGUCAAUCUCUGCAAUUGUGAACCUGAAGUCUGCACCUUAGUAAGAUAUGGACUAUGGCCAGCAUCUGCAGAGAAGCCCCAGACAGCCUUCUCUAUUUCUCUUUUAGAACUUUUUAUUUUUUUAUCUUUGGAGUGUCAGGUAUCAGUUGAUGGCUUUUGUAACACCCUGCGCUGGAAAAACAGCCUCACCCUUGCAGAGGUGAAUAUGUUGUACAGAGCUUUGGUAGGUGAAUCCAUAUCCUAUUUUAGGCACCACUGCUUUCGACUUAGAACUUUGGUUGAUCUCUGCCCUCAAUUGAAUGAUGGAGGCACAUGUCCUGCUUGCCCAAAGCAAGAUGGAAAUAUGAUCGUAACACUUGAUGGGAACUUUGGACUUGUACGAAAACAAAGUUCAGGGGCAAGCAUAGAUAAACCAUUUCAUGGAAACCGUAUGUUUAUUGGUGAUGGUAGAAUAGAGGAAUACCUUUCGUCACAUCCCGAAAAUUCCAAACCUAAUGAGGAUUGCAGUAACUUUAAGGCUGGAAACCUCCUGAGGUCAGGAAAGCAAACAAAGAAGCUUGAUGUUACCGGUGUAUUCGGGGCCUCUUGUCGUCAUGAAAUUCCUCUUAUGUUUGUCAACAUGAGCCAGGGAGAACGGUUAGCCUAUCCCCUCUACAUCAUCGAGGAGUUGCUCCAAAAAUGCAACACAAAGAACAUACACCUGCGAGUAGUCUAUGACAUUGCAUGUGUUCUUGCCUCCCAUAUGCAGAAAUCCAACCAAGGCAUACCACACAACCUGUCUCUGGCUGUACCAGCAUUUCAUGUUUAUGGUCAUAAACUGCAGUGCCAGAUUAUGUAUAGCACCAGGAGGCUUGAUGGAUUUGGGCUUACUGAUGGUGAAGGAAUGGAAAGACUGUGGUCAUUCCUUAGAAGGUUUGCAAGAAUCACAAAGGAAAUGACUCCAUCUCAUCGGAUGGAUCUGCUUACAGAUGCCCUCCUUCAUUAUGGAUGGAGAAAAGCUACUGACUUAGAUAUGCAGCUUCUGCUGAGAGUUGAAAAGGCAGAGAAGAUGACCGUUGUUGCCAAAGAUGAGAUCUCCAUGAUCAUCAGAGAGGCACCGGUGCCGGUCUCUGAGCAAGACAUGGAGAGAUGGAAGAAAACUGAGGCAGAGCUCGUCCGACAGAAACCAAAACCUAAAAAUACUGUGCCAAGAUGGAGAAAGGAAUAUGUCAUCAAGCUGAUUCAGUACAACAUGCUCAAUAGGUCUGAGGCUGAAGAGUCAUUUGCAGAUAUAGCAGAAUUUGAGAAAACCUUGCUGAAUUGGGAGGAGAAGUACUGCAUAGGGAAAAGGUGGCAUGAACGUGAUGUGAUCUUUCAGUCUACCCUGAAAGAUGUUGACUGUGACAUCAGAAGACAAUUACUGUUCAAAGCUAGAACUGAAGCAAGAGAGAGAGCUGUCCUCUUACAGCUCAAAAGAAAAUAUCCAGAUGGCCAGGGCAUUGCCAUUAGACUUUCCAAGCAAGUUGCAAACACCAACAAGAGACUCAAGCAGACACUAAGCCAGUACAACAACAUUCUCUGGCCACCAAAGACUGAUGUCUUCCCUGCAACCAUGAGUUUUCAGGACAUAUGUGACCCAUCUUGGCCUGUCUAUUCCCUCCUGGAUGAAACCAUUGGAGAUGGUGAUGAUUCUGUUCCUAGAUGUUUAAAACGACGUGGGAUCGAUGCAGUAUACAUGAAGGCCCGGGCUGCUGAAGAAAAGGUCUUGGUCCAUCAAGAAAUGAAAUGUGUAAUUGAUCACCUUCAUCAGCAACAUGCUUUUCUCCAUUCUGCUAUCAUUUCAACAAACGAGCCUGGUGCGAAAGCUGCAUUAAUCCAACGCAUCAUACAGCUGGAAAGAAGAUUACAUUGUGCCACACAUGCGUUUCAUCAUCAUGUACCACAUAUUCCUUCUGCUCCAUGCAAUUACAUAACUCCAGGUGGACUCCACCACACUGUGCCACUGCAUGAAAUAGAAACACUUGAUGGUGAUGAGGAUGAGGAAGAGGAUGAGGAUGAUGACUGACUACAAUGGCACUAAUGUUGACACUGAAAAGACUAUAAAUGGGUUAUUCUUGCGUUUCACCAACUGAACCCUCCACCCCACACUGAUCAUACAGAACAUUGUGUAUUUUUACAAAUCUGUAUCUAUUUCUCUGCAUACUUUAUGCUCUUUUCAAUGGUCAGGACCCCAUAGGAUAGACCACCACAGAACAGCUGAUACUAUUUGUGUGGCUUGUCACUUGGAUGGAUGGAUGGAUAGAUGGAUAGAUAGAUAGAGCAUAUGCUGUUUUGAUGAUUAGUAUAAAAGGUUGUUUUUAUCAAAUUCUGAUGCAUUACAUAUCCAAAAUGUCAUUCUUUAUGCACACCACUUUAAAUUGUACAUAUAAAUAGGAGCAAUGCAAUGUAUUAAAUAAUUUUGUGCAAUUCCAACUACUGUAUAUUGAAAUAAACUGAUGUUCUUAGCUUUUGUCA